AUUUGAUUUUCCUCCGUGAGGCUUCCGGGCUGAGAGGAGUGAUUUUACCACCGAUCCACUGCACGAAUACUCACCAAACGCCGCAAUGGCCGAACCAGAAGUGAACCCCAAAGCCUAUCCACUUGCGGAUGCCCAGCUCACAAAGACUCUCUUGGAUCUUGUUCAGCAAGCAGCAAAUUACAAGCAGCUCCGCAAGGGUGCCAAUGAAGCUACAAAGACCCUUAACAGAGGCAUAUCUGAGUUCAUAGUCAUGGCAGCUGAUGCAGAACCUCUGGAGAUCAUUCUACACCUCCCGCUCCUAUGUGAGGACAAGAACGUCCCCUAUGUGUUUGUGCGUUCCAAGCAGGCACUUGGAAGAGCUUGUGGAGUCUCUAGGCCAGUGAUUUCUUGUUCCGUCACCAUCAAGGAAGGUUCCCAGCUAAAGCCUCAAAUCCAGUCUGUUCAGCAGGCUAUUGAGAGGCUACUGGUGUAAUCUGAUUGUUCUGUGCUCAUUCCCCUUUUCAGAAAAGCCGUAAGGAGUUUCAUCACACAUUCAUUUAGUAGCUUUUAAAGAAAACCAGUGGCAAGUUUGUAGCUUUGGCUGGAGCCAGGUUACAACCGCACAACUGAGUGAAAUUGGAGUAAAAAUUAAACGGCUAUUGUAUUUGGGUACCAUAUUAAAUUGCCAGUAUAUUUUUACUUUUUCCCUUUGAAGUUGUUUUGAAUGGCUUUUGUUUCCAUCAGGCCCUUGAAAGAUUUAUUUUCAUUACACUGACUUGUAUUAUAUGUAUUUUUAAUAAAAAUAUACAUGUGAA